AAUUUUACAGAAUUAAAUAUAAAAAUGUUUAUUUACGAAAUGUAGGCUAUCUAUUAAUUUAUGUUAUAAAAGCAUUCCUUGAGUGACAUCACUGAUAAAGCGAUUCAAAUGUCAAGGCCGUCGUUAUAAAACUAAGCUAUGAGUACAUACGUAAUCAUUUUUCUAACAACGGCUGAUAUUCAAUAAGUACAUUUACGUUACAAUCUAUUUUCGUUAUCAUUUCGAAUAUUUUCGUGCAAGGAAUAUAAACUGUAAUAUAAACCUUGGAAUCGAUUCAAUCUCUAUUAAAAUGGGAAACCUAACAUCUGAAUCGAUUCUGGUGGGAUUUGCCGUGAUCUUCUUGACGUUUGUGAACAGUUUACUUUUUAUUGAUAACUACGAAUAUUCGGUGGAUGUGAGUGACGUCAUUUUCUAUUUGUAUACCCGCGACAAUCCCGACGUUCCCGACAAAAUAUCUUUGCACGACUUGAACGAUUUAGAAUCUUCUCAUUAUCGACCAUCACUUCCAAACUAUUUCAUAAUUCAUGGAUUGUUUGGCAACCGGGAAACUCUAGAUUUAGACAUCCGUCCUCCCCUUCUUGAUGCAGGGGAUGUCAACGUUUUCGUGGUAGAUUACAGUGGACCGGCCAGCAGUAUAACCAUUCACGAUCUAGCAAUAGUCGGAGUUGGAAGGAUUCUUGCCGACUACAUAUCAAAAAUGAAGAAUAAAUUCUUGUUAUCGGAAGACCAUUUUAACGUUGUUGGUCAUAGUAUGGGCGCUCACGUUUCAGGAGAAAUUGGCAGAGAUUUGAAUGGUACCAUCGGUACCAUAGUGGCCAUCGAUCCACCUGAUAUGACACCACCAAUAGUUUACGUUAAUGCGAACAAAGCACGCUAUGUUCAAGUCAUUCACACCAGCGUUAUGGGCUUAAAGGAACAAUUAGGCCACCUAGACUUUUACCCCAACGGCAUUCUCGCACAGCCAGGGUGUUAUGGAGAAGUGAUAUGCGCUCAUUUUAAGGGUGUGAGGUUUUAUGCGGAAUCGAUUCGUUCGGGUGGAUUUACAGCUGUUAAGUGUGACAGCUACUUGGAUUAUGUACUUGGAAAUUGUGAAAAUAACAGCGAAGCGCAACUCGGUGGCUUCAAUUUGGAUAAAAGUUCAACUGGAACCUAUUACCUAAUUACAAAUAGUGAAGCCCCUUAUUCAAUGGAUUAAGGUCAUAUUUAACAAAAACGGGAAUUAAUUGUGAUAUAUUUAAUAAAUGUUUUU